AUGGCUGCUUCUGCCUAUAACCCAAUCAAGGACUGGCAAAUACGAGUGCUCAAUCUCCAUCCCGGCCACGAAGAUGACGAGUUGAGAGGCGAGCUUGUGACAGCAGACCUCUUCGCCGACAGAGACGGUGUCGUCUUGCACACUCUUCAAGAACAGGUCGACUUCCGCGCCUUGUCCUACACCUGGGGCCCGCAUGAUCUACCUGAUUUGACCGAGACGAUACGCAUCGGCGAGAACAACGUCGCUAUCACACCGAUGCUACGAGGUGCUUUGGGGGCGUUCCGGUUGCCAGGUGAGAGCUGCUACGUCUGGGUGGACGCACUCUGCAUUAAUCAAAACGACGACACGGAGAAGAACUCACAAGUGCAGAAGAUGUUCACGAUUUAUGGGAGAGCAAAGUCGACCAUGGUGUAUCUUGGAGACGCAGGUGAGCACACGGGGCUUGCGAUAGCACAUCUGAAUCGGCCACUGCUCCCUGAAAGACAGGGUGAACAGUACCAGCGUGGCCUGUUUGCUGGCCUUGCAGAUAUUUAUACCCGGCCUUGGAUUCGACGAGUGAAGUGA